AUGAGUUUAUUAUUAUUCAUUCUUCUGAUAUGCUUCGCCACAUUAAUUCAUCAAUUAAAAAUUCACGGGGAGUUACAAAAUCAAAACGUAUGGAAUGAACGGAGAGAAUUACGACAGCUCGAUGAGAUAACUCUAUCCAUAUUGCAACAUAAAUUGGAAGAUUUUCAACGAGAAUCCGCAAAUAAUACUACUUUGAUUGAUGAAUUAACAGUGGCAGAAAUGACAAAUAACUUAAUUAUCAAAAGAUUGGAAGAGAGUAUUGGAAUGAUACUUCCAUAUUGGGAUUAUCGAAUUGAUGCUGAAUUGACUAAACCAGAAGAUUCAUCAAUUAUGCUAAUGGAGCUCUGUCGUCAUAGCGUAAAUAUGGAGACAACAAAUGACAGUUUGCUGAUUGAAAAUGUUAACGAUACUGAACGAGAAAUUGAUCAGCAAUUGAUCAAAAUUGAACAAAAAUGUCGAAAUGGUGCAUUACUGACGUUUCUACGACAAACGUUGCCGGCUAAUAAUUCAGAUGAGAAAGGAUGCUCACUGUGUGCAACUGAAAAUAGCAAAAGAUGGCUAUUCUGUGAUGAGAAUAUGCAUCGAUGCAUUAGUAAAAUAAUUCCUAAUGGUAAUUGCACGAAGUUCGCAAAUAAUUCAGAAAGUUGUUUUCAGUCAACGUGUCAUCACGGACGUUGCAGUCAGCAGGAAAUAACAAAUGUUGUGAAUGUAUCUGAAAAUAUUACCGUUGCAAAAUAUUACCCUCCUACCUACAUUAAGAAUUCUGAGAAAUUGAAUAUUUCCAUUACUCCACCGGAAACAAUACUUCUGACGAGGAAUUUUACGUUGGAUAUCAAUUCAAAUAAAAUUCCCGGAAUUGAUGAUAUACGCAAUGCGGAAAACAAUUCGAUACCUAUGAAAUCUAAUUAUGCAAUCUCGGAAAGCAAAUACCGAAUUCCUGACCAUACGCUACAUGCAUCAUCAAAAUUGAAGAGUUUAGAAAAGCAUUACUGGACAAACAUUUCUGGUGUUGAAAACAAAUCUCAUUUAGCCUCUGAUAAAAAAACGAUAAUCUUAUCUAAAAAACAUUUGAAUAGGAAUCGGAAAAUGUCCAGGAAGAAAUAUUCCGAGAAGUCCAAAAAGAAAGGUCAGGUUAAAAUGAACAAAAUUCUUUCAAUUCAGAAAUAUCCGGAAUCGAUUCAUUUCAUUCAACGUGAUAAUCGCACAUUCCGAACAAAGAAAUUAUCAAAAUGUUGUCAUUAUCACGGGAAAUUAAAGGAGAAAGAGCACAAAAGAAUUAGUAAAUUGUCAAAAAGCAUUGUUCACCUGUAUGGAUAUGAUCGACCAUCUUCCAGUAAUGAUUUACCAAAAUUUUUAAAAAGCAAUUCAAAUUCCGGAGAGAUGCGUAAUGUAAAACUAUCAGCUGAUGAGACAUAUAAAAGCACUGACAAUAAUAAACCUUGCCAAUUUUUAUCAGCAACGCUCAAUAUUCUCUCACAAUAUGUUUAUUUUUCGAUUACUGUUAUUGAAGGAAAAUCAAAACGUAAUAAUUUGUUGAAUCGACCUGUCACUACCUGUGAUAUUACACUUACUGGAGCAAAUAUGCCGUACGGUUUCACAGAAAAGAUCAAA